ACCAAGCCCUCUCUCUCUCUCUCUCUCUCUCUCUCUCUCUCUGUGGGAUAUCAGUUCCUCUUACUCUAAUGGCGGACCCUUGGUCUCCACAAGUGGCGCUGCCUGACGAGGUGGAGCAACUGCUCCAGAAAAUAUGCAAGGACCAGAAGCAGGAGCCCCCGAGGGCCGACGUGCGGCAGAAGCUAGCCUCGCUCGGCGAGGAAGCGGCUCUCGGCAUCCUCCGUGAAAUAUCGGCCUCUACCAUCAGGAAAAGCCUCGGCGGAUUCAUCGUCUACAUGAUCAACAAAGCCUCCUCUCAGAGGCUUGCCCCCGUCUCUCCUCUUCGCACUCCCUCCUCUCCUUCCCGCCCCAUGUUCAGCCCGCCACAAGAUUCUGAUAUGGUAUCAGAGCGUUCAACCAUGAACGAUUUUCCAUUCUCCAAUGAGAAUGCUUCUAGUCCGUUCUUUCUUCACAACGGCGACAAUCCCGGCACGGUGCUUGUGUCUCAGAUCUUGACCGGUGACAAUUUCAGCACUUGGCGCCGAUCUAUGGAGAUGGCUCUCACUGCCAAAAAUAAAAUCGGUUUUCUUGAUGGUUCCAUUCCUAAACCAUUUUCUACUGAUUCGUCCUUUUCCGCUUGGACGCGAUGCAAUACGAUGGUCCUCUCCUGGAUCCUCAACUCGAUUUCUGCUGAGAUAGCCAAUAGCGUGAUUUUCAUUGAUUCAGCCGCUGCUAUGUGGUCUGAUCUUCAAGAACGCUUCUCCCAGAGCAAUGGUCCCAGAAUUUUUCAGUUGCGGAAGAAAAUCUCUGUUCUUGCUCAAGGUAACAAUUCAGUCAGUGCCUAUUAUACUCAAUUGAAGGGGCUUUGGGACGAGUUAUUGAGCUUUCGUCCUGUUUCCAACUGUUCUUGCGGUGGAUCGAAGGUUCUUGUUGAGCAUCAUCAGCAAGAGUAUGUAUUUCAUUUUCUCAUGGGCUUAAACGAGUCCUUUGCUAACAUUAGAGGUCAGAUUCUUCUGGUAGAUCCUCUUCCACCUAUAAACAAAGUGUUUUCCUUGGUGAUUCAAGAAGAGAGGCAGCGUGAGCUCUGUGCUUCUUCUUCGUUUGUGCAUGAUACUGCAGCUUUAUUAACCAAGACUGAUCAUUCUCCUUCCAAUUCAUAUCCUAAACAGUCACAAUUUUGUAAACCACGUCCUCUCUGUUCCCAUUGUGGUCUUUUAGGCCAUACCAUUGAAAAAUGUUGCAAAUUACACGGCCAUCCUCCAGGUUACGAACCUAAGCCGCGUCCUGCUUCCGCUCAUCAGGUUCAGAGUACAGUUCAGUCUUCCGAUUCUGUCCAAAUUUCUGUGACUCAAGAGCAAUGUCAACAAUUGCUUGCUCUACUCAAGCUUCAUGAUGUGUCUACUAAUCCUUCAACUCAAGCAAGUUCUUCUGCACCUCCACAGGACCAUAUCUUUUCUAAUAUGGCAGAACUUGCACACUUGGAGGACGAUUGACAUGGGUAGACAGCGUGGUGACUUAUUUCAUUUUCUGCAAACAUCCAAGGCAACUACUCCAUCUAUUCCUGCAUUAUCAUCUUCUGGUCAUAAUUCCUCUACUGCUUUUGUUUCUAGUUCUGUUAAAAACGUUAAUGCUGAUGUUUGGCAUUUUCGUUUAGGUCAUUUACCUCAAUUUAGAUUGUCUCUUUUACAUGAUGUACUUCCUUCUAUCACUUGUAACUCCACUACUGUUUGUAUGGUUUGUCCACUAGCUCGCCAAAGAAGACUAAGUUUCCCUAUUAGUUCUUCUGUUUCAAGUUCGAUUUUUGACUUGAUUCAUGUAGAUAUUUGGGGACCAUUUUCAGUACAUUCAAUAAAUGGCAGCUCUUUCUUUCUUACAAUAGUGGAUGAUUUUAGCCGCUUUA